CAGCUGCUCCGGCCCGUUCCUCCGGCCAGCCGCGGCGCGGGACUCGGGAGAGCCGAGGGCCUGGGACGCCCCGCGCACCCGCCCGCCCCGGGGAGGAGGAGCCUGCCGAUCCCAGGCCGCCGCCGCCGCCGCCGCUCCGGGUCCCGACUUACCGCGCUGCGGUGGGGGAGGGGAGCGUCAAGAGUCAAGGCCCGGGCCUGCCCGCCACCCGCCGCUCACGGAGCAGCGCGAGGCCGCCGAGUAACCGCCGCAGCCGCCGCCGUCACCGCCACCGGCCACCACCGGCCACCACCGGCCGCCACCGACCGCCGCCGACAGCCGCUUCAGGCGCAGCGCGCACAGGGCCCGACUGCGUCACACGCCGCCCGCCGUCAGAGGCUCGCUCCGGGAGCUCCGCCCUCGCCGCCUGCGCAUUGGUAGAUGAGGCCGCCACUCUAGUGUGCCACGGAGUUGCAAUUCUCAAUCAUCCAGGACAUGGGUUCUAGGACGAAAAGGGGACUCAGCACUGUGUCUUGAGGGGUCCUAAUAGAAUUGUGCUAGAAUACCACCCCAUGCUGCUUGUGGAGAAGGGAGGUGGGCAGGUAAGGAAGAAGGUGCUCGUGCCCUUGCUGAAAUGCCCCCAAUUGGCUCAACGGAACGAAUAUUGGAAGAGAGCUGAGGCUAGGACGAAAUCGGCUAAAUGUUUCCGGAAGGCCAGGCUGGAUAAUUCGGUGAUGGAACGCAGCUGAGAGGUAAGUACCUCUUCUCCCUGCCAGCUUCCCUGCAGACCUCUAGGCUGACCUUUCUGUCCAGAGGGGAAGGGGUCCACAAGGGCCAGAUUGCAGGGAGUCAAGCUCUGUGGGCCCACAUCUCCCUGCUGCUGGCUUUGUGGCCUUCAGCAUGUUCCUGCCUCACCUUCCUCUCAGCAAGGACUGUGUGUCUGACAAGAUGUACCAGGUCCCACUGCCGCUGGACCGAGAUGGAACCUUGGUCCGGCUCCGCUUCACCCUCGUGGCGCUGGUCACAGUCUGCUGUCCAUUUGUCGCCUUCCUCUUCUGCAUCCUCUGGUCCCUGCUCUUCCACUUCAAGGAGACAACGGCCACGCACUGUGGGGUUCUGAGGAGCCAGCGCUGGAAAAGGCCCCAGUUGCCCCAGGAGCAGGUAUCUCACCAAGCCCCAAGUUGUGUCCAUUGCCCUGCUUGGGCCACUCCCUGCAGGAUGUUCUCUGGAACCUCCCAGCUCUUGGACCCUGAUGGGACUGUGUUUCGGCUCCGCUUCACGGCCUUCCUCUGGUGGGUCAUCACUUUCCCCAUGUUCGGCUUCUUCUUCUGCAUCAUCUGGUCCCUGGUGUUCCACUUUGAGUACACGGUGGCCACUGACUGUGGGGUGCCCAAUUACCUGCCAUCAGUGAGCUCGGCCAUCGGCGGGGAGGUGCCCCAGCGCUACGUGUGGCGCUUCUGCAUCGGCCUACACUCAGCACCCCGCUUCCUGGUGGCCUUCGUCUACUGGAACCACUACCUCAGCUGCGCCUCCCCGUGCCCCGGCUACCGCCCACUUUGCCGCCUCAACUUUGGCCUCAACGUCGUGGAGAACCUCGCACUGCUUGUGCUCACCUAUGUCUCCUCCUCCGAAGACUUCACUGUCCACGAGAAUGCUUUCAUUGUGUUCAUCGCGGCUUCCCUCGGUCACAUGCUGCUCACCUGCAUUCUCUGGCGGCUGACCAAGAAGCACACAGUAAGUCAGGAGGAGCGCAAGUCCUACAGCUGGAAGCAGCGGCUCUUCAUCAUCAACUUUGUCUCCUUCUUCUCGGCCCUGGCAGUCUACUUUCGGCACAACAUGUACUGUGAGGCUGGAGUGUACACCAUCUUUGCUAUCCUGGAGUACACUGUUGUCCUAACCAACAUGGCGUUCCAUAUGACAGCUUGGUGGGACUUUGGGAACAAGGAGCUGCUCAUCACCUCCCAGCCGGAGGAAAAGCGAUUCUGAACCCUUCUAUCCUGCAGUGACGGAGACAGGAGAUGGUCUGCAGUGCCCAGAAACAAGAUAGCAUCCUAGCCUUCCUCCCCUCCCCUACUGUGUCCCAGGGGGAGAAGGGCAUAGGACAAGGCUGACCCUGGGGCUGCCAGCUUCUUCAUGUCUGGGCAGAGGCAGCCUGCAAGUGACACAGUCCUUACUGGAGAGGUCCCACGAAGCUCAGCUGGCAGCAGAGCUCCAUUACUUGGUGCUAAAAAAAAAAAAUGUCCUGAGGUUCACAAGCACCAUCCGGUCCUUAGCCUUUACAUAGUCACCUUCUGCUGAGGUUGGGGACCACAAAGAAGUGGCUACCACACAUAACCCACAACCACUCCUCACCACGGAGCAGUCCAUAUGACUAACCUGUCUGAUGAGCUACUAUGGACAUCCAGGCCUAUGGCUACAGUGUCCUGCCAAAGGCACCAUGGGUGGGGUUGGGGAGGGGGGUUCCUGUCCUGGCCCCACUUCUUUGAUUUGAUGUGUGCCCUAGGGUGUAUACCCACAUGUUCCUCCCUGUCCAAGCCUCAGUGCGUCCAAAUUGGGAUGGUGAUUGGGGGAAGACGGGGUUGCGUGCUGUGGGAUUUCCAAGAACCCUGCCAGGAGGGCUCUGGUACCCGAUGGAGGGUCUGCACCUGUCCCAGGAGCAGCAUCAGCAUGGUGUGUGUUUCCCAAGCCUUAUGAAAUCUCCACUCUACAAGACCCUCCCUCCUUUGCAAUGCUAUGGAGUAGAGAAACAGAUCUCCACCCUACAAGAGGCUCCCUAGGGGCCUCCUGAGAGCUUUGCCUUGUAUAUUUUGUUUCAAAGGAAAAUAAAUUUUUCUUUUGGUUCACA